AUGCGUAUGGCUGACAGUACAGGAGCGUCGAAGGGAAAAUAUCGAUUGCACUGGUGCUGCAAAGUGCGAGUUGAUCUGUUGACAUGCUCUGGAGAUACAAGUCAGCUUUCGUCUUUCUCCCGCAGAACUGAUAUUACGUUAGAUAGGCAAAUUCGCGUCUGGAAGGCUUGGCAAAAUGUCAUGUUUUUAUUGGUUCGGAAUAAGUCACGGAAGCUGAGUCAGCGAACUUUAAUUGCACAUCCGAUAAAGGGGGGAAAUAGCUGGAAAGCUGGAGAGAGGAAGGAAAAGCAGCGGAAUGAGUGGAAGAUACAGGGUGGCAGAGGCAGUGGAUGA